CGAAUUUUGGGCAGGGGCGCCCAGGGACAAGUGUACCUUGCUCACGGGCCCGAUCCAUCCAAACUCCUCGCGGUCAAAGUCAACCCCAAACAUGCGACGGAGUGCGUAAGAAUGCUCCUGCAAGAACAGCGUCUUCUCCAUCGUCUGAGGGAGUGUCCCUUCGUUCUGGACUUACAAGCUAGCUUCCAUGAUACAGAGAACUUCUAUAUUGUUACAGGGUUCCACUCAGGAGGCGAUUUGCGGCAGUUGUUGAAGAAGAGGAAGGUAUUGGACCUUGCCGCGGCAAAGUUCUAUCUGGCUGAAGCGGUCUGCGCCAUCAACUAUAUUCAUCGCAACGGCGUUGUCCACCGCGAUAUCAAGCCAGCCAACAUCUUGAUAAAAGGCGACGGCCACUUAUGUUUAGCCGACUUCGGCUUAUGCAAGGACUGGAUGUCCCAAGAUUUAUACGGCGAGGACAUGACGGAUGCCUUCGUUGGCACCAUUCCAUAUAUGUCACCAGAGGCCAUUUCACGGGAACCGUACUCUUACGAGACCGAUUGGUGGUCUCUUGGAAUAACCUUCUACGAGAUGGUUACUGGCGACGUGAGUUCUUCGCUUAUGAUGCAUAUUGUAUCGUUGAUCAGGUGUCUACAGAUCCCAUGGUGUGCCAACACCUUCGAAGACACAGUUCUUCUAAUAAGAGAGGCACCACUCCCAUACGAAACGGAAGCGGACGUGGACGUGGACGCGACGACCAAGGAUUUCUUGGAGAAGGUGUGUUCAUUUGAGGUGACUCUCUCUUCACCAACUGACCUCUGUGCUUGUCAGCUUCUGCGGAAAGAGCCGAGCAAGCGGCUCAAAUUUCCUGGGAUAGUUUCCCACCGCCUCUUCGACGACAUGUAA